AUGGAUGACUCUAAUGUGGAUAUAGCUCGUUCAACUCCCAGUCCAUCUCCUGGGGACACUGGUGAAGAUUCGAACAGAGGCCCGCCCAUCACAAUCAAUGAAUUAGUGCAGUUAUCUCACAUUGGAAUUCCUAACGAACAGGUUACCUGGACACGAGUAACCAUGUUGUCAGACAAAUGGAUCUCUGUUCGACAUGACACUCGGGCAGACUUCUCAUCUAGAAGAGCUGUGGUGACGAUCCUAAGCCCAAUAGAGGGAACUAUAUCUUAUGCAGGGUCCACAAGUGCAGAUUCAGUGCUGAUGAAUCCAUGCUACCCUGUGAUUGCUCUGAAAGCUGGCCUGAGGUUUGAGGUGUUCAACCUGGAGUCCAAGCAGCUGGUGUGUAAGGUCAGGUUCCAGGACCCUGUCAUCUACUGGACCUGGCUGACAGCAGAUGUCAUCGCCAUGGUGACUGACCUGGCAGUCUACCACUGGACUGUAGAUCAAGGACAAUCUUCUGCCCAGCCAGAACUGGUGUUCCAUCGGCACAGCAGGCUGGCCUUCAGUGAGAUUGUCAGCUACAAAGCUGACCCAAGUCUCCGCUGGCUGGCUCUGACUGGACUCACUCCAGAGGAUGACCGAAUCUCAGGUGUGGCGCAGCUGUACAACAGAGAUGAAGAGAUCACUCAGUGCAUCAGUGCCCACGCCGUCUGCUUCUCCAGCUACCACUUCCCUGGCAACCCUUACCCAUCCACAGUCUUCUGUGUCAGCUCCAGAGAGGCUCAGGAUCAUGGGAAGGUCCAUGUCAUCGAGCUAGGCCCGUACAAGCUGGGCAACUUUGCUCCAAGAAACUGUUAUGACCAUCUGCAUUUUCUAGAUGACCUGGAGCGGUAUGACUUCCCUGUAUCACUGCAGAUCUCGGUGGACUAUGGCCUGCUGUUUGUGGUCACCAAGUAUGGCUACCUGUACAUGUGUGACAUGGAAACGGCCAUGUGUCUGUGCUGUACCCGGGUCGCUGUGGAUGUCAUCUUUGCUGCAGUGCUGAAUACCAACACACAGGGAAUCCUGGCCAUAACACGUGGUGGACAGGUUAUCACAAUUGAUUUAAAAAAGGAUGGUUUUAUCACGUAUCUACGCGAGCAGGUCAAGACAGCCUACAGAGCUAACCGCUUCGAGAAAGCCAUCUGCCAGUGA